UCCAUCGUCCCAUUGUAGUUGCAUGAUCUCUUCAGUCUCUCCUUUUGUCUGCUAAUUAUCACAACUGAGCUUGAAACCUGAAUGUAAACGAUUUCUGAUAGAGUUUCUUGAGAGCUCUUUUUAAUUUCUUCUUUAAUCUUUUCUUUGAUUCAGUUUGCGUGAGUGAGGGCUUGUUGUGUGCUGGUCUAUUUGUAGAGAUUUCUCGAAUAACCAGCGAAGAGGAGAUAGUGUUUUGAAGCAAUUACGGUAGGUAGGGUUUGUUUUAGAGGGUCUUGAGUUUUGGUCGUUUUCGGAGUUUUAGUGAAGAUCUGUUCUUAAUUCUCUUUCCAUAGUUUUGUUAUUCAUUGAUAAUUUGAGUAUUUUUGUCAUUAUUUUGGUUAUUUUUUUUUAAUAAAAAAUUUCUUUCCCUAGAGGUUCGUUUUCCUUGCUGCAUUGCUUCCUCACUUGACCUCCAGGAUAUGUCCAGCAAUUUAGUACAGUUGUUCCAUAGUCAAACGUCUUUCAUUAUUUCGAAAAGACUGUGUAGCAGGAAUACUGUAGUUGUGUUCUCUUGUUAGGACUGUCGCGCUCUUCAACGAAUAUGGAUGAUGUGGAGAUGAAGCCAAGUUUAUCUUUGGGGUUUGUUCAAAUGAUGCAGCAAUCUGUGCAACAGCAGAUGAGUGCUGGAGGCCAAGUUCACAGCACUCUGCCAGCUCUGUCGAGGGGAAGUUCUUUGAGUGAUGCUAUUCAGGUAGAGACGGCCAUGCAAAUCACCUCCAGGGACAGUGCACAACUUCUCCGGCACAAGACUGGUGCGUCAGGUGGGUUCUCUCCUCUUGGGAGCACUCAAGGACUGAAAAGGAAGAGCUCUGCUUUACUCAGUGGUCAAUUUCGGACUCCGACACUUCCUGCAAGUAUGGCUGGGCGAAAUAAUUCUGCAUCUUGUGGACAGCAAUCUCAACUUACGUACCAUCAUUCGUCUCGCGGAUCGCAACCAGUUGUUCAUCAAAUGUCUCAUGGUGCUUUCCGGGCUGUUGUUUCAUCGGAUCACCAUCAGAACGGGAUUUCCAAGCCAGUUUUGAACUAUCCGUCUAACAUGUCUCCAAGAGUGGUAGUUAACCACAACAGUUAUCAGACUCAUGAUAAUGAAUCUCGGAAACGAGCAGUGAGGGAUUGGGGAAAUAGACCACUUGCUGAGGUUGAUCCAGAUCUGUGGAAGAUUAUGGAGAAGGAGAAGAGUCGGCAAUGGAAAGGUAUAGAGCUGGUUGCAUCUGAAAAUUUUACUUCACUGGCUGUGUUUGAAGCUCUCGGAAGUCACCUCACAAACAAGUAUUCGGAGGGACUCCCUGGUUCCAGGUACUACAAGGGUAAUGAAUACAUUGAUCAGAUUGAGUCCCUUUGCAUUUCUAGGGCGCUUGCAGCUUUUCAUCUGGACAAUGAGAGAUGGGGGGUAAAUGUCCAGCCAUAUUCAUGCUCUUCUGCCAAUUUUGCUGUUUACACUGCAUUGUUGCAGCCAAAUGAUCGAAUUAUGGGUUUGGAUGUCCUAUCCGGGGGCCAUGUUAGUCAUGGUUAUCACACACAGAGCGGCAAGAAAAUCCCUGCUGCCUCUAUAUAUUUCCAGACUUUGCCAUUCAAGGUUCACCCCGAAACAGGACUUAUUGACUAUGAUAAAGUGGAGGAAAUUGCGCUACUAUAUCGUCCCAAAAUCCUUAUAUGUGGAGGAAGCUCAUAUCCUAGGGAGUGGAAUUACUCCCGAUUUCGCCAGGUUGCCGACAAGAUCGGUGCCGUUCUUAUGUGUGAUAUGGCUCACAUCAGCGGUCUCGUUGCAGCGCAAGAGUGUUUAAGCCCGUUUGACUACUGUGACGUGGUCACUACUACAACGCACAAGUCACUUCGUGGACCUCGCGGUGGCAUGAUAUUUUUUCGGAAGGGAUUGAAGUCAGCCAGCAGGCCAGCCGAUGGGCAGUAUAAUUUUGAGAAGGAAAUCAACAUUGCAGUGCACCCUACGUUACAAGGUGGCCCGCACAACAAUCACAUAGCAGCCUUAGCUGCAGCUCUUAAGCAAGCUGCGUCUGCAGAAUACAAGGCGUAUAUUCAACAAGUGAUUAAGAAUGCUCAGUCACUUGCUGAAGGGUUAAAGCGUCGAGGGUGUAAGCUGGUAACAGACGGGACAGACAAUCAUCUGAUGCUAUGGGACCUUCGUCCAUUUGCCAUCCCGAGCAGUCUGUUCGAAGAAGUUUGUGAAGCGUGUCACAUAACGGUGAACAAGAGUGCCGUUUAUGGUGACAGCAGCUCAUUUCAGCCUGGUGGUGUACGGAUUGGAACUCCAGCAAUGACAUCACGAGGAUGUAACGAAGGGGAUUUCGAUAUUAUCGCAGAUUUGCUUCAUCGGGCUGUCCAAAUCACAACAGCUCUGCACAAGGAGAAUCCGAAGCAGCAGCGCAACCUGGGAAGCAAUUCUGACGUGCAGGCUCUGAGGGCCAAGGUUGAGGAGUUCGCUACCGCAUUUGAAAUGCCUGGAUUUGAUGUACCCUGUUGAAGUACGACAGAGUUUGUAGCUUAUAAGGUUAUUCAAUGUUAGAGAUUACACAGAUGAAGAUCUAUGUUAUAACCGGCACAUCCCAUAUCCAUAUUGCUUUUUAAAGGCUUAUGGGUGAAUAUCUGCAGCUUAGCAUCAUCAGUUUCAGGUGAGAAUGAGUCGCCCCAGUGAAAGCACGACCUUCGCGUUGUUGUAGCUCCAGUGAAAGUUGAACUUACUUCAUAGAGAUUACCAAAUGCAGAACUUUUCAAAAAGAAACGAAUGACAAACAGGUGGACGAUAUGUACAUAGCAGGAUCAAUAUUCAAAUGAACCAUGUACCAUUCGCUGUUAAUCGGUGAAUUUAUACUCCAAUGUUUAAUGAGACUAGCAUGUGAUGAUUUUACAUGACAAACAUGUAAUAGAUGCAGGCAAAGUUCCUUCAAUACAAAUAAUUUUUAAGUCA